UUUCAGAGGCGCUGCUGGGCAGUGGGUAGGAACACAGUCUGCAGGUCAGUUGGAUCUGGUCCCCAGGCUGGCGGCUCACACCGUGCUCUUGGGCAAGCUGCCCACUCCUGGGGUGAUUUCCUCGAGGGUAAAAUGGGGUUGAUAACGGUGUGCGGCUCCUAGAGUGGCAGAGGGCAGCGCUCGUGAACGUGAAGCAUCCCACAGGGCACGACCUCAGGCGAGAGGCAGGGAAGGCUGAACGGAAUGGCUAUGCAUCAGUUGGUUCUCUGAUGCGUAGAGGACCACAGCUGGCCACACAAGAGAAUCACCCAAGGAACCAUAAAAAAAAAAAAAGCCGCACCUGGAAAAAUAGCAAUCUUCAGAGAUUCUGGCUUGAUCGGUUUAGGUGCAGCCUGGGCAUCAGGAUGUGUUAAGUUUCCCAGGCAAUUCUAACGAGCACCCAAGACUGAGAGCUGCUACUCUAAAUACCCAGGAAAGGAGACAUUCCUGGAGCUCCAGCCUUGGGCUGUGCAAGGGUCUUUUAGGAAAAGAUUGCAAGUGGUGGGUGGUCUCAAACCUGCCUGGGUUCCCUGAUUUUCAUGUUGAGCGUGGAGACCGUGCAAGGCUCUUCCACCCAUGCACUUGUCCAGAGACCGUCCCUGAGGGUUUGGAACCUGAUGAAAGUAAGUUUCCAUGUAAUGUGUGUAUCUUUCUUGUUAAAUCCUCCAUUCAGAAAUCAGCUUCAGAGACAAAGAAAAAGAAGGUGAACUUGUUUGAACAGAAGGAGUUUCUCUUCCUUCAAGCCACGCCAGCCUAUAAGCCUUCAUAAAACAGCAAAGGCAGCUCCUUUUCCUGGCAGACACUGAGAGACUCAGCGUUUACCAGAGUGACAAGGGGUAUGUUCUCCCCGGUCAGAAGACCUGAGUGAGUUAGACUGUUUCCUGUCUACAACAAAGCCUCGGGACUUGCAGAAAUUUCUUGCAAGCCUGGACCCACCAUCAUGAGGGCCUGCCCGAGGACACUCAGCCAUCUGGGCCAAGCUGGCCAAUGGCUCUUGCUCUUGGCUGUGACUGUCCUUCUCCUCUGCACCCUGUCCUUCUUUAUCAAGGAACCUAAUACAAAGCCUACCAGGAGUCAGAUUCCAAAGGACAUUAAAGAAAGGUCACCAGAGUUGCUGCAAAAGGCUACAUCCCCUGCACCCACCACAGGAGGGAGGAUGACUGCCCACGCAGAGCCCACACAAGAGGCCAGCACGUUGGACACAGCCCCCGAGGCCACAACCCGCACGGCUGGCGAGGGCAGAGCAGAGGCCAGCAAGGCCAGUGCGGAGGAGCCACACAGAGCACACAGGACAGCCAGGACGGCAGCCCCAGAGAUGCAGGAGACAAAGGACGCCAUGCAGGACACGCUGCCCCUGGGAAGCCAAGGCGGGGGGCUGGCCUCUGGCAGGACGGAGGCGCCAUCGCUGAACAAGCAGGACACAAGGACGAGCAGAGGACCAGGGGACCAGAAGGCGAGGCCGGCAGCCUCGAGGACGGUGCCCGUGAAGCCUCAGGGCGGAGCGGCAGUGUCAUCAAGGAUGCCCCUUCUGGGAAGUCAGGCCGGGGUGAGGACCCCCGCAAGAGCCAGGCCAGCAGGGAGGGGAGCCAGAGGAGCCACCACAGCGGCUACCCCACCCGAGAAGAGAGCCCAGGCCACCCGGUCCUCGGCCCCUCUCCAGGGGCCCACCACCCAGAGAGGCCAGAAACUGCGGGCCGCCAACUUCAAGUCUGACCCGCGGUGGGAUUUUGAGGAAGAAUACAGCCUGGAGGUGGGGGGCCUCAAGACGACUUGCCCUGACUCGGUGAAGUUCAAAGCCUCCAAGUCACCCUGGCUCCAGAAUCUCUUCCUGCCUAACCUCACCCUCUUCCUGGACUCCAGACACUUCAACCAGAGCGAGUGGGACCGCCUGGAGCACUUCCCUCCACCCUUCGGCUUCAUGGAGCUCAAUUUCUCCCUGGUGCAGAAGGUCGUGACACGCUUCCCGCCAGUGCCCCAGCAGCAGCUGCUCCUGGCCAGUCUCCCUGCUGGGAGCUCCCAGUGCAUCCGCUGUGCCGUGGUCGGCAACGGGGGGAUCCUGAACAACUCUCACAUGGGCCAAGAGAUAGACAGCCAUGACUACGUGUUCCGACUGAGUGGAGCUAUCAUUAAGGGCUACGAACAGGAUGUGGGUACUCGGACGUCCUUCUACGGCUUUACUGCCUUCUCCCUGACCCAGUCACUUAUUAUAUUGGGCAGUCGAGGUUUCCGGCACGCACCUCUGGGGAAGGAUGUCCGCUACCUGCACUUCCUGGAAGGCACCCGGGACUACGAGUGGCUGGAAGCACUGCUUCUGAAUCAGACCCUGGUGAAAAAGAGCCUUUUCUGGUUCAGGCACAGGCCCCAGGAGGCCUUCCGGGAAGCCUUGCAGCUGGACCGGUACCUGUUACUGCACCCAGAUUUGCUUCGAUACAUGAAGAACAGAUUCCUGAGGUCUAAGACUCUGAACAGCGUCCACUGGAGAAUAUACCGGCCCACCACGGGGGCCCUCCUGCUGCUUACCGCCCUUCAGCUCUGUGACCAGGUGAGCGCCUACGGCUUCAUCACCGAGGGACACGAACGCUUCUCUGAUCACUACUAUGAUAAGUCAUGGAAACGAACGGUCUUUUACAUCAACCAUGACUUCAAGUUGGAGAGGACGCUCUGGAAGCGGCUGCAUGAUGAAGGCAUCAUCUGGCUGUACCAACGUCCUGUCCUGUAACUUCCAAACCAACGACCUGACCGGAGCCGGGGCCGGGGCCACGGAGUCCCUGCAGCAGUUCCAAGGCACGGGCUGUGGUGGGAGCCUGCAGGCUCUUCCACCAUUUCCCAGAGCCUGGACCAGGCUCCGACCGACUCCCUUCAGACUUCCGAGGGAACAAUGGUACAGAGGAGGGGUCGCCCUCAAGAUGACAAACAACUGAGGGAGGUUUUGGAAACUCUGGAGAUUUGCUGUGGGUUCUGUUGCCUGGAGGUGGGGGCUCGUUCUCGACACCAAGGAACUUUACCCGAGUCUUCACUGUUCCAAAGCUUCCUGGCACAGAAGAAAGAGCCCGGACUUGCAGAGACAUGUAGAUUUGGGUUUGAAUUCCAGAUCUUCUACUUAGCAGCUGUGAAAUCUUGAUGGCAUUACUUAAUUUCACUCUAGACUGUCUAGAGGGCCCUUCCAGGAGUCAUCUGGUUCAAAAAGGUCUGCACCUUUCCUUGGCUUUUGAGCUACUUGACAACUCUCUCGGUUGUAGAAAACUGAGAGCAAUAAAAAUGAUUCUUGCCCACGGAGAGGCAAAUAAAUUUUGUACAAUGAAACAUGAUUCCCCUGUGGAUAGUGACUGGUUUUGUUCCUGUUAGCAAACUCAUCUUAGGUUUCCUGAUUGCCUACAUGUGUGUCCGGACUUUGGGUUCUCCUUUGAGCCAGAUUUUACUACUGCCUUCACUAAUUAAUGAGUUAAAUAAAAU